AUGGAGGAGGGGUCAAGAACAACAAUGUUCUUAAGCAGCUGUAGGAAGAACUUGGUGGUGCAGUUCCUACUGAAGCACAACAUCGAUGGAGUGCUCACAAGAGGGGCAGUUAUGGAGGCAGCAGAGGAGUACGGCAUUAGCAGGAAGACAGUUUAUAGGCUUUGGAACAAAGCAAAACAGCAUAUGCAAAGGGGGGAACCUGCAAUCAUGGAAGGCAAGGUUAAAGGCUAUCAUCAUUCUGAUAAGUUAAUUCUAGAUGAAGAAAAGGUAAGAGCUUUAUCCACACUUGAAAGGUCUGCAAUUAGAAAAAUGGCCCACAAAUUGUCUGUUAGCAAAAGCACAUUAGGUCAGUGGAUUAAGGAGGACAAAUUAAGGCCACAUACAAAUGCUAUCAAACCUGCCUUAACUGAUGCAAAUAAGUUAGCUAGGUUGAAGUGGUCCCUUAGUAAACUUGAGCCACAUAUAAAUGCAGGUAGAGUUCAGUUUGAAAGCAUGCACAAUGUUGUGCAUAUUGAUGAAAAAUGGUUCUAUAUGACCAAGACAUCAGACAGGUAUUACCUCUUGCCUGAUGAGGUUGAGCCAUAUAGGGCAUGCAAGUCAAAGAGGUUCAUCACCAAAGUGAUGUUCAUGUGUGCUGUAAGUAGGCCUAUUUUGGCUUGGAUGGCCAAACCAAAUUUGAUGAAAAGUUGGGUAUUUUCCCUUUUACUGAAUUGGUUGCAGCACAAAGGAAAUCCAAGAAUAGGGCAAAAGGCACACUUGAGACUAAACCAAUUUCUUCAGUGA